GCACUUUUAUUUAGUCUUAAGAUGGCAGAGAGGCAUGAAGGGUGCUGAUUGCCUUCCGUUCUGAAAAGUCCGUUUUGCCUGAAGGACUUCCUCCUAUUGUGCACUUCAAUUUCAACUGUUGGUAGUUGCCGCCGUACAUUUGACGUAACUGUGUUACAAAACUUCAUCGUAAUAAGCAUACGAUGAAAUAGUGAUUAAACCGAACUUUAGUGGAAUCCGUUUACAUAAAUGUUGAAAGGCUAUUGUUUUUGUUUAUGGUGUGAUUUGCUCCCGUGUAAAAUAAUAUGUUGCCAUUGCAUUCGACACUGAAUGUGUGGGAAAUUUGACUCAUUAGUGUGGGAAACCUAUCUGUGCCUAGUGAACUAUGUCUGCAACAAAAGUGAAGUCAUUGCUACCCCCACCUUCAGUCGAGAGCUCAUUUUCUUCCUCAGGUUCUUGCUCUGCUGAAGGUUCUGUACCAUCAGAUUGCUCUACAAAGACCAGUCCAGGAAAUAGUCCAGCACACCUACCAAGAAAUCGUCCAAAGUCCAUGAUUCCCAAAAUCCAGCUACCUCCUAGACCUUCAUCAGCUCAACAAAGACCUGCUAAUAGUAAGCACAGGCUUUCACUUGGGAAACCUGUCUCACUUAAAGAAAUUCGAAGCUCUUCAGUUGGAAAUCCUCCACUGAAGGAAGACCAGUUUUCUAAUGAGUCAAUGGAAGUAAAAAGAAGGAAUUCAAAGGGUACAAAUGGCCACAUCCGUAGUAGCAGUCUGUCAAACGGUAGAGACCGUUUGAGUCUCUAUGCUCCAAGCUAUUCAGCAAGUGAAGAAAGCUGCUCAGAAAAAAGUAGGGAAGAGAUCAGUGAGCUGAUGACGCAUUCGCUCAUAACAACUACUGGUGCAAGCAACAACAACGACAAGCUCGCAAAGAACCGAAAGCCGUUGGCACUCAAGUCAGCCGAGAAAAAAGCUCGCAAGGUCAAAUUUUACCGCAACGGCGAUCGUUUCUUCAAAGGCGUUACAUUGGCCGUCUCAACUGAGAAAUACCGCACCUUCGACUCUCUCCUGUCAGAGUUAAACCGACUUGUUGGCGAUCGAGUCAAUCUCCACCAAGGAGUCAGAAUAAUAUUUACCACAGAUGGUAGUAAAAUCAAUACGAUCGAAGAGUUACAGGAUGGUGAAAGCUACGUAUGUGCAUCCACUGACCAGUUUAAGAAACUCGAAUACAACAAGUGUGUUGGAACUACAGCUAUGCGUAGGUCGCGGAUCACUUAUGGGCAAGGAGCCAUCUGCCGUGAAGCAUCAAUGAUCUCCGGCUUGGAUCAUUGGAAAGAGCGUAGGAGUAAAAAUCACGUAAAUAAUAAUAGCAACGGGCUGAGCAGCAGUGGGUACGGUGCUGCUGUGGCAAAUGGAGGAGAUAGUAGUCCUCGCUGGGCGGAAUACAUGAAGCCGCGCCUCAUUACGAUUAUUCGAAAUGGAAGUCGGCCCCGCAAAGCUGUUCGACUCCUACUCAACAAGAAAACAGCUUUUACCUAUGAACAGGUAUUGAGCGAUAUAACGGAGGCAAUCCGACCAGAUUCAGGAACCGUUCGGAAACUGUACACAGCAGAUGGGAGACAGGUGGGAUGCUUGGCUGAUUUCUUUGGGCCGGAUUUCAUCUUUAUCGCCUAUGGCAAUGAGAAGUUCUCCCACGAUGAUUUUGACCUCACUUCCAACGAGAUCAAAUAUCUUCCGCCAUUUAUCGCUCGCAGUCCGAUGAACACACGACGAGGGAAGAGUGGCAGCUCUAGAACUGGCUACAGUGGAGGAACCCCUCAGAAUCAUCGCUCGACAUCAAAUGGGCGAGCCAGCAUGGCGAGAAGCGCGGUGGGAGGGGUUGCAGGAGUCGAUGUCGAUCACCGACCCCGUGAUUCUUCCCUUCCACGUGUUUAUGAAGAUCCGGAUGAACUGGCUUCUUCCAAUCAGAUGGUCGUGGAUGUGCCAAUAGUAGUCGAAAUUCGGUAUGAGAUCGGACGUAUUAUCGGUGACGGUAAUUUCGCAGUUGUUCGUGAGGGAAUCGACAGGCGAACACGAGAUCGUUAUGCUUUGAAGUUAAUUGACAAAAAGCGUUGCCAAGGUAAAGAAGUGGUACUUGAAAGCGAAGUUCAAGUUUUGGGUCGUUUAAGACAUCCAAAUGUGGUUAAGCUGUAUGAUGUCAUUGAUGCCAACAGCAUUCUUUGUCUUGUUUUGGAACUUGUGGAGGGUGGCGACUUGUUUGACGCUAUUGCAGCUGCCGGCAAGUUUAGUGAACCGGAAGCCAAACGAAUGACGUCGGAUUUGGCUUCAGCCCUUUCCUAUCUCCAUUCGCUCAAUAUUGUCCAUCGUGACGUGAAACCGGAGAACCUUUUUGUCGUGAAUUUACCAGACGGAAUGCGCUCCUUGAAACUAGGCGACUUUGGUUUAGCUGAAGAGACGCAUCAACUGCUGUACACGGUUUGUGGUACACCCACUUACGUGGCUCCCGAAAUCCUUCUUGAGACGGGAUACUGGCUGAAAGUGGACAUAUGGGCUAUGGGAGUUAUUGUUUUUAUCCUACUAUGUGGUUAUCCACCUUUCGUGAGCCCAACCAAUGAUCAAGAAGAGCUUUUUGAAACUAUUUUGGCUGGACAUUUUGAAUUUGCAUCGCCAUAUUGGGAUGAUGCUAGCCAGAUGGCUAAAGACAUGAUUACGCUCAUGCUUCAAACUGAUCCUGAGCUGAGAUUUUCUGCGGUGGAGGUUCUCCAACAUCCGUGGUUAACGGAGGAUGAAGAUUGGCCCGACACUCAACAGUGUAGUCGUUUAGGACUUCAUUUUGACACAAGUCAUUCUGCGACUGAAUUGUCAGUUGCACAAGUUACUGCUAAAAAAUCACCCAAGUCACUUAUCACUGCCGAAUCGACACCUUGUCUCCAUUCGUUGCAAGUGCUCUGAGUUGGGUUGCACCAAUAUCCCCCUUCGAUUUUCUGUUUACCUUAGAAGCAACACCAAACCUGAUUCCCCUCGAAAAGAUUCUAGGCAUCUAACUCUAAAUUCGAGUCACUUAUUAUUCUCAUAAUUCUCGUCGGGACAUUUAAUUUUUUAUCUCACUAAAUUGACGAUAUUUUUUCAACUCGUUGAUAUCUCUUCUUUCUUUGCACUACUCUAGUCUUGAUUUAAGUUUUAAACUUGUGCCUAACCUUACAUCUAUCUCCUGGGUCUACUUCAACCCCCACACCACUCAGCACCCACUUCUGCCAGCCUCGUUUGGAUUCGUUUUUUACUAGCGUUAUUUUUUCCCCUAUACCCUUCUUCAGUUGCCAGUUCAACCCAAACACCUCCAUCACUACAGCAUUGGAGAUGCCAUUGAAAUUUAUGUGGAAAUGUGGAUCUCCGCGACGAAGAUUGCCACUAGUAAAAUGAGGAAAUUUGGAAAACAAAAUCAGUUGAUCGCAUGAUCGACACCUACUACUACUAGAACGAAAAUGUCUUGAAGCCUGCAACGAACACGCUUGAUGGAAGAAAGCGAGACAUUCAUGCAACGUAUUUUCCCUUUAUUUUGAGGCCCAAUUGUCAAAAAGGCAUUGAUUUAUGUUGCACAAGUUAUUACCCUUGCUUGUACUGUAUUUGAUACUUUCUUGUACAAGCUUGUGUACACUAGUAGCGUGCAGGAUUAUGGUAGAUGCAUGAAUGCUGAUCCGAGUUGCACCUAAAAAUGUUCUUCAGAUGGUAAAAAAGUUUAGAUGGCAGCUAUUGAAAUAGAAAGCAAAGGGGGAAGGCUAUUGAAGAAGUAUGCAGUUCUAAACCAAAGAUGCAAUUAGAGUUAACUUGUUGAGUUUUCUCCUCAAUAGAAAAUGGGAAGAGUAAAUGAUGCACGACAGUUGCCUUGACGGUUGCCCUUUUUUAUGAAGUGAUUGAAGAAAAAAAAAUAAUUGAAAACAUAUUUUGAUGUCUCAUUAAAGCUGUCGUUUCCCCCUCUAUGUUCCGCAAGUUCUCAUAUUUACCCCUUUCUGCCCAUCCCUUAAACUUGUUCUCUUCCAUUAGUUGAGUUAGCUAUCUUCAUUUUAACCAACAGUUAUCCUACUGUUAAUGUGAAAUAGCAAUCAAUCAACAAUAUACAGAUGCCACAAUAAAAUGUUUUCCCUCGAAACAGAAA